GCUGGUAAGGAUAUGAACGGUGGUAGGUUCGGACUGCGCUUCGGAACCCUCAAAACCCCUUCCCACACACACAGACACACAGUUGUAAGUCUGUAUAGCCGUUAAACUUUCGCUCUUCAAAUUCCCUCUCUUUAGGUGCUCCUCCCUUGCGGUUGAUUCUGCUAGGGUUUUAGCUGCUGGUAAUGGGGAGCAGAGUUCCGGUGGAGCACUACAAUUUGACAUCCGCCGCCGCCAAUUCGUACAUAGGGACUUCCUUGCACGACCUCAAUUCCGGCGACGACGUCACUGACCCCGCCGCGGAUGACGUCACCGACGAUAACGACGAUAGGUCCUCUGCUGUCGUCAGUGACUGCAUGCAUGAGUCUUACCAGAGCUCUUUACCACUUCACAGCAUGGGUGUGGAGGAUGACAGGAGCAGUCUUGAAAACAAUGGGUCUUCGAGCGGUCCAUACUCUAUUUUGACAAUUGAUGAUGUUUCGCCAAUUGAAACAGCUAGGGCAAGAUUUUUGGACAUCAUUGUGGAUCAUUUUAUCGAGCCACAUGUGAUUGAAAUGUCAGAUUAUGAGACUGAUUACAUUGUACAACCAUCCUCCCAAGAUAACAUAAGCAAGAGGAAGUCCAGAGAGAUCCGAUAUGAAGGCGAUUCACGCUAUGCUUUGCCCUUAAUGUAUGUAGCUAACAUGUAUGAAACAUUAGUUAAUGAAGUUAACAUGAGAUUAUCGUCAAUGAGUGGCAUGCGUGAAAAGACUAUUGGUGUGGCCCUUGAAGCAGCUGGUGGAUUGUAUAGAAAGCUUGCGAAGAAAUUUCCGAGGAAAGGUCCUUGCACAUUUAAGAGACGGGAGCUAGCAACUUCUUUUGAAACAAGAUCAAGGUUCCCUGAGUUAGUGAUACAGGAGGAGAAGCGUGUUCGUUUUGUGGUGGUAAAUGGCUUAGCUAUCAUUGAAAAACCAACAAAAAUUGGUAUAGAUGAUGCUGAGUGGUUUAAAAGAUUGACCGGACGGAGUGAAGUUGCUGUUUCUGCAAGAGACUACAAGUUUUAUGCUCCAAGACACAAGUAUAGGCGGGUUAUAUCAAACUCCAUUUCUAACAUACCUGGUUUGCCUGCAUUCCCUAGUCCAGAAAAUUCGUCUUCAAUGGCUACUUCUCAAGGCUAUCGCCCACCAAAUGAAAAUACUGAGCAGACUCCACCAAAACAACAUAUGCAAACACUGGCACAUCAGCCUCAGUUCCAUCCGAUACAUCAGGGUCAUCAUCAUAUCAAUCAAAGUCCACAUGCAACUCACUUUAUGCACAAUCAACAGUGUGUUCCUCCACCUCAAAUCCCUGAAAUUCCUCACAACCAGCAACCCUCUGCCAUCGCCCAACAUAUAGCUUGUCUACAAUCUCUUGGUCAUGUUGGAGGGCGUCUGCAUGUGAUGCCAACAAGUCCAGCAAAGUUCUGUGAUGAAUGCGGAGUUCCUUACCUGAGGGAAACCUCGAAGUUCUGCUCAGAAUGCGGUACCAAGAGGUUAGGAACCUGACCAUGUACUCUUCCCAUGUUGUAUAUUAACUCUCUUUUCUCAGUGUAAAUACAUGUACCUGUUAUUGCUGUGAUACUCCUUUUGGCAGUCUUUUUUUUCUGGGGGCUCUCUCCCAAAAUAGGUGUUUUAUAGAAUGUUGUUUUGACCAAAGAAUGGAUAACUUCAUCAGCUUU